UCCAGCUCCUGCUCCGGCUCCUCCCGCUCCGGCCCCGCUCCGCCCCGCGCUCCCGGGCCCCGCGCCCCGACUCCGCCGCUGCGCCUGCCGGGGGCCUCGGGAGCCCCCGCCGCCCGCCUCACGCUGAAGUUCCUGGCGGUGCUGCUGGCCGCGGGCAUGCUGGCGUUCCUCGGUGCCGUCAUCUGCAUCAUCGCCAGCGUGCCCCUGGCGGCCAGCCGGGCGCGGGCGCUGCCCGGAGGCGCCGACAACGCCUCGGCCGCCUCAGGUGCUGCCGCCGCGUCCCCGGGCCCGCAGCGCAGCCUGAGCGCACUGCACGGCGCCGGCAGCUCGGCGGGGCCCCCGGCGCUGCCGGGGGCGCCUGCGGCCAGCGCACACCCGCUGCCGCCCCUGCCCCUCUUCAGCCGCUUCCUGUGCACGCCGCUGGCGGCCGCCUGCCCGUCGGGGGGCGAGCAGGGGGACGCGGCGCUGGGCGAGCGCGAGGAGCUGCUGCUGCUGCAGAGCACGGCCGACCAGCUGCGCCAGACGGCGCUGCAGCAGGAGGCGCGCAUCCGCGCGGACCAGGACACCAUCCGCGAGCUCACCGGCAAGCUGGGCCGCUGCGAGAGCGGCCUGCCGCGCGGCCUGCAGGACGCCGGGCCCCGCCGCGACACCAUGGCCGACGGGCCCUGGGACUCGCCCGCGCUCAUCCUCGAGCUGGAGGACGCCGUGCGGGCCCUCAGGGACCGCAUCGACCGCAUCGAGCAGCAGGAGCUCCCAGCCCACGUGAACUUCUCAGCUGCCCCUGCCCCUGCCUCUGCGCCCGCGGUGCCCACCGCCCUGCACUCCAAGAUGGAUGAACUGGAGGGGCAGCUGCUGGCCAAGGUGCUGGCCCUGGAGAAGGAGCGCGUGGCCCUCGGUCACAGCAGCCACCGGCAGCGGCAGGAGGUGGAGAAGGAGCUGGACUCCCUGCAUGACCGCAUCGCUGAACUGGAACACGGGUCCUCCAUCUAUAGCCCCCCUGAUGCCUUCAAGAUCAGCAUCCCCAUUCGCAACAACUACAUGUACGCCCGAGUGCGGAAGGCACUGCCCGAGCUGUACGCCUUCACCGUCUGCAUGUGGCUGCGGUCCAGGUCAGGGGGCACUGGCCAGGGCACCCCCUUCUCCUACUCGGUGCCGGGGCAGGCCAAUGAGAUUGUGCUGCUGGAGUCGGGCCACGACCCCAUGGAGCUGCUGAUCAAUGACAAGGUGGCCCAGCUGCCCCUGAGCCUGAGGGACAAUGGCUGGCACCACAUCUGCAUCGCCUGGACCACGAGGGACGGCCUGUGGUCUGCCUACCAGGACGGGGAGCUGCGGGGCUCCGGUGAGAACCUGGCUGCCUGGCACCCCAUCAAGCCUCAUGGGAUCCUUAUUCUGGGCCAAGAGCAGGAUACCCUGGGAGGCCGGUUUGAUGCCACCCAGGCCUUUGUGGGUGACAUUGCUCAGUUUAACCUGUGGGACCACGCCCUGACACCUGCCCAGGUCCUGGGCAUUGCCAACUGCACUGCGCCACUGCUGGGCAAUGUCCUACCCUGGGGAGACAAGCUGGUGGAGGCUUUUGGGGGUGCAACGAAGGCCGCCUUUGAUGUCUGCAAGGGGAGGGCGAAGGCAUGAGGGGCCACCUCCUCCAGGGCCCCUCCCUUGACUGCCAAACUGGGGACCUUACAGGAGGGGGGUGCCUUCCCUCUCAGCCUAUCCACACACUGGCCUCCCCUCCUGCUCCACUCCUGGCCAUGCCUCUCGUUUCCCAGCCCCCCCUGCCCACGGCUCCAGAAUGCCCUUCCCCUGUGAUGGCUGUGAUCCCGCCUGGAUGGGGACAAACAGCUCAAGUCAAUAGGCCAAGCCCGGGCUGGGGAGCAGUGCCCGUGGGUCCGCCCACCGUCCUGGCAUUACGCCCCAGCCAUCCCCUGACCCCGCCACGCUCCAUCAACCACAUCCGAUUCCACCGAUGCCAACAGCAUCUCCAUGGGGCUGUGUAUGAGGGAGCAGCCACUAUCUCAGUGGCAGGGAGGCCGUCCACCCCUGUCCCCAUGUACCUUCCUCUUCAGGGCCACAGCAGGCUGUAGAGCGUCCCUCCAGCAGAGGAGGGGAUGACAGGGACAUGGGAGACUCAGACUCAUCCCUCCUCCAUCUUCCCACCAGCUGACAGUCAAGGGUAGUGGGGUCUUAGUGGACCCUCUCCCCCACAGCUCCCACCCGCACCCCCAUCUCUCUCUUCCUCCUCUUUCCUCGUUUCUUUGUGUACAGCGGGUUGAAUGUUGGUUCCAUGCCCGUCCCAACCCCACCUCAGUUUCCAGGACAUUUCUUCCCGAGCUCUAGCCUGGAGGGUUAGGGACCAAGACCCCCACACAGCUGUGUCCACUGCUGGCAUGGUCACUUCUUCCCCUCUGUGGCCGGGACAGGGCCUGGGCCACUCCAGCCUGAGCUGGAAGCAGCAUGAGGCAGAGGCUCUGUGCCCCAGGGGACCCACGCCCCCUCAGCGUGGCCCUGCAGCCUCCAAGGAAGGAAGGAGCUGAGUGAGCAGGGAGAAGCAUGGAGGGGCGUGCAGUGCUGUAUGGGAGGGAGCAGCCCUGGUCCAGCCAGCUCUGCUGUGUGGCCUUCUCCAAGUCCCUGCCCUCUCUGGGCUAGCCUGCCUUCCUCUGAGAAGACAUGAGAUAGUCUGUGAUUUCAGGUGGAUAAGGUAGAGCAAACCUGACAACUUCCCUGGUGACCAAAAGGCAUCACAAGGGCAGGACCUGGGACUGGGUAGCACGUAGGGUCUGGCUAGGCAAGGGUCAGGGUCAGCAGCUGGCUCCAGAGGGUUAGAGGAGAGGGCUGGGAGCAAGGCAGACCAACCUCACAUGCAGAUUAUAAAAAGCAGCUCUUCUGGGUACGCCCCCCCACAGCCUGGCACUGUUGCCUGAGUGUGUCUCAGUGGGCCAGUGGCUACCCAUCCCUACCCUUGAGUCCUCACCAGCUUCCCCAAGAGAGUAGAAGAAUGUCAGAGCUGAGAAUGCCAGUCCGGUCCCUACUUGUGCAGAUAGGGAAGAGCUCAGAGAGGGCAAGUGACUUGCACAGGAUCACCCAGCACCACGGGGCAGAGCCAGGACUAGGACCCAGUGCUCUGGCUCCCUCUUCAGUGCUCUUCCCCCCGCACCAUUCUGCCUGCCCCCAGGGGUCUGAGUGUGGCCCACACCUGGUGGGUGGGCAUUGGAGAGAUCAGAACGCUUUCAGAAAUGACCACUGGAACAUCGCCCUUUAUGAAAUACAUCUUGGCAUCCCUUCCCCCCUGGGAGGCAUGGUCCCGGGCACCCUGGCAGGAAUGGAGAGCUGAGAACACAGGGGCCCCUUUGCUGCCAGCCACUGACCCGGUCUGUGCAGCGACAAGCUCCCUGACUCGGUGGGCGCGAGUGCAUUUUGCCCCGUUUUGUUCCCUGCCUCUGCACCCCACUGCCACCCAGCCUGAGGCCAGUGUAAGGGCUGGGGCACUGGAGGCUUUACCGAGACUGUGGCCUCCGGCCCCCGGAUCCUUGCUUCCGUUUCAAGAGCACAAGCAGACCUUUCAGCACCUCGGGCCCAACUCCCUUCAGAAGGACGUAGGAGAAUGGGCCAUGGCGCCUCAGCCAGAACCUGCUGAGAUCUUGGUUGCCUGGUAACAGCCAAUGACAUCAGCUCUCGUGCUGGGUCAAGUGUCUCACAGUGACAUCCCCUGUUGCUGGGGUGAUGGCGGUAUUUGGAACUUAGAUUUCAGGGACACUGGAUGCUGGGCUUUGUCGGGUCUCUCUUUUUGUUUUUAAGGAAGCAGCUUUUGUGGAGGGUGUGGGGGCAAGACAGGGUCUUAGGAUAGAGGUGGCGGAGCGUGGGUGAUCACUUGAGCCCACCCAGAAAAUGCCCCAAGUCCUUUAUGCUCUGUCACAGUCAUGAUGAGACACUUGAUGCACCUGGUCAGCCCUCCGGAAGGAGCAGGAGCAAACUGAAGGUGUCGGGGUGUGGGCUCUGAGUCCGGGCCGUGGUGAGUGGCCUGGGUGCCCAUUUCUGUCCCAGAAAACUGAAAGCUCCAUAGGCCCGGCCCCUUCAUACAGGGCCGCGGGCCUGCUGUUUGGGCUCCAGCUUCGAUCUUCAGCUGCUCCUGUCGCACAGCGAUGCUGGUGCUGUUUGUUACGUCCUUUGUAAGUGUCAGGCGCUAUGCUGAGCACCUGGCGGGCACUGUCUCGUCCAUUCUCCCGGUGCUGGGACUGUUCUUAGCCCCAUCGCACACGUGAGGAAGCAGGAGCACAGAGAGGUUAAGUAACCUGCCCGGUGUCCAUCAGCCAGCCCAGAGUUCAGACUAAAAGCAGGUUACUUCAAGAGCCCACCCUCAGCCCAAGGGGAUAGUCACCCCACACCCUGGAGUGGGAUUCGGGCAUCAUUGCUCUUGGUGGGUUUUGGCCUGAAGGGAUGCGCCUGACCCUCUUCACCGCCCCUGAGAGUUUGUGGUGGAGGAACAGAGGCCCCAGGGCCAGGGUCCCAUGGGGGGGGGGCUUUGGGAGGGGUCUCAGUCCCUUUAGGGAACUCUUCCCUCUGCAGUGCCCCCCACCCCUGAUCCACCAACGGGAGAUUCCGGGAGAGCUAAAAGGUGACCGGUCUGAGAGCCCCCGCAGGGGAGGGGAGGAAGCGUCUCUCAGACCCGGGCCUCGGGCCAGGCCCGCUCCAGGUGCUCCACAGCUGUUACCUGCCAGCCUUCCCCGCCUCUGUGGCAUGUCAUGCCCCUGGUCAACCUCCCAAGGGGACAGACCACCUUGCCACAAUUGUGCGAGAUCUUGGUCCACAGAUUUGGACAGAAGGGUUCUUAGAGGGGGUUGAAGCCCUCACCUUACUCGUGAGGACAGUGGGACCACCCAGCCGGGACCCCGGGAGCCCCGAACGCAGCUUUCUGACUCUACAUUAAGUGCUGUCUCCACAACACGUGGCCCCCUCUCUCCAGAACUGCCCCCCCUUUUCUGUUUCCAUGAACCCUCGCCCUGAACAAACUAGGGAAGGGGCCCCCUCCCAGACAUGGGAUCAUUUUCUUUACCUCCUUUGUCCCAGCUGCCAGCUACCCCAAGCCCUCCCUCCCCCCUGACCCCUGACCUCUGACCCUGAUGCGUGGAGAAGAGGCACGCGUGGGCCCAGGCUGAGCAGUGAGCGAGCAUGCCGAGCUGAUGGACACUGUGAAGUUAGUGCACCCUACCGGUGACCCGCCCCCUGCUGUCCUCCCGGCCCAGUUUUGUACAUAAAGUGACAUGAGAUGCAAUGUGUGUGUGUGCGUGUGUGUGUGUGUGUGUGUGUGAUACAUCAUGGAUUUUUGUUACUUUUAUGUUUUUGUAAAUUUGAAUGUUUAAA